GGUGCUUCAGGUCCUACAACUCUGGGUUCGGGUAUUGGAGGGGGUUAUGGUGUGCAAGGAUCCAUGAAACCUCGACAAACAAGCGAAGACUACACAAGUUUUGAGGAUGAACCUCCGCUGUUGGAAGGUACGUAACAACGUGGCAUGCACGGGUCCCAGCGGAAAUUGCCCCCUGCAUUGCUGUCGUUCACUUAUAUGGCGUUACUAGGUGUUUUAGAAACUUGCUUUGCUAAAGUUUACACUUGGAAUUGAUUCACAUCGACGAAUGAAAUAUUUCUCCCCUUUCUUGCAGAAUUAGGUAUCAAUUUUGAGCACAUUUGGCUUAAGGUAAGGUUAUAUUGGGCAGUGGAGAGUGGUUUCAUGUUUUAGAACACAUCUUUCAUGUAAACUUAUAUGUACCCCCGGGGGGGGGGAGAGUACUCCCAUACAUUACCUAUACGGGUAUGUGCCGCCCAACGGGGUCGUGAUUUUGAAGCUCCUGAUUCAGAACGGGGUAUCCAUUUCAGAGGCGUUUUCUAGAACGGGGUAUAAUAUUUCGAAAUCACGAAAGCUCCAGUUUUGUAAGCGGCCAUUUGAAAUUAUUCAAGGUCAGAUUGCUUUUAAAAAUACGGUUCAAUGCAUUAACAAGCAAACUGUUGUACUCUUUGCACCCUAGAAUGGAGUAUAAAAAAUUGGCCCAUUUGUAGAACGGGGUAUCAGAUUUAGGGCAAAUUCUAGAACGGGGUAUCAAUUUUAGGGGAAUUUUUUUUUAGAACGGGGUGCCAAUUUGGAGUUCCGGGCAGCACAUACCCACCCAAAAAAUACCCAAGUGCCCCCCUCCCCGUCCCCGGGGUAUGUACCUACCCUUCUUAAUUGUAUAAUCAUGUUAUUGAUGUUUGAAACUUUUUAGUGAGAUGGUGGACAAAACACUGACCGCCAAGCUGUCCAAGGACUACCCCCAUGGGCUACCCAUAUGGACCACCUUAAAAUAGACUAAGCCGCUGAAGUUUACCAAAGGAAACGGAAUGAAUCAGGUUCCAUUAAGGGUCAUUAGACUGGUAAAACUGACCUUAAACGUGAUUCACUCUGUUUCAAUUUCCUAAAACCUAAAUCACUAAACUUCAGCGGCAUAGUCCAUUUUAGGGUAUUCCAUGGACUGGGGGUCAGUGUUUUGUCCACCACUACCACUGCGGCAGACAUAGCAUUUGCAGACAUGUACAUCUAGUCAAUGCCAUCAGUACAAUUCAGUGAUUUUGUAAUCUAAUUAUUAUCUUGUUAUAGACAUUGUCUGUUUUAAAUCCACUGCAACAUACAGAAGCUUCCAUUAUGGAUGAUACUGAUCUAGCUGGACCAUUGGUGUUUUGUCUGGCAUUUGGUGGAUUUCUUCUACUGGUUAGAGAGAGCAAUUCUUUUGGAUGAUAACAUAUAUGUUUGAAACGUAAUUUAACAUCUGUUAGUAAUGGCUGCAAUGCAGUGCCAAUAUCCUUGUUUCGGGCCCUCAACAGACUCAAUGAACUAUGUUAUGUGUUUGGAAUUUCCUUUCAUUUUGAUUGGCAAAUAGACUGAAUGGCUUUCAAAAAAAUCUAAUCAUGGCACACAUUCAUAUCCAAGUACACAGGUGGGACCCAGAACAAUGAUUUCAGUGCUGCUUCACAGAAGGACUUAACCAGGGGUUUAGUUUCAUCUGUAAGUCAGGCUACAUAUUUCCUGACCUGAAGAUAUUUUACACUUCUUAGAGUCAAGGCAAAAAUUAAAAAUACCCACGCCACUACUGGAGCAGUAGUUUACUUGAUACCAUGAAAUAUCAUGAAAAAACCAAACAGCCAAGAAUUGCAAGAGGUUUUGCAGUUAAAGUGGCAAUGUCAUAAGGAUAUUGCUGUUUUAUGGCAAUUCUGGACUGAAGUCAUUACUUAGAACCUUUACCUAAAUACACAACCUGUUCCUGUUGAGUUGUAAAGAAGAUAUAGAGGUUAAAGAUAUUGGGGUCCCAUUGUAUUUAGAGAAUUAACACAAAGUGUAUAGGCCUUCUUAUUGCUAAGCCAUGGGAUAAUACCUCAUUCACAUUCCCCUCCUGACACAUGUAAUGAGGAGAACCUCAAAAUGCUUUGAAGGGCAGUGGUGUCUUUUUUUCAUUGGGUAUUUUUGAUUUAGUCCUUGAUGAAAAAUUGACAUUACUUUUUUUUUUCAGUCAGGAAAAGUUCAUGGUUUUGGCUACAUCUAUGGAGUUGGUCUUUUAGGCUGCCUUUCCAUGUAUGCUAUAUUAAAUCUCAUGAGUAUGACAGGAGUUUCUGUUGGCUGUGUGAUUAGUGUUCUUGGAUACUGUCUUUUACCUAUGGUUAUAUUGGCAGGCAUAUCUAUCCUCCUUUCAUUACAGUAAGUUAGCAUAACAUCACUUUACUUUUUAUUGGAAAAUUAUUAUACUACUAGUAUUUGUCACCCGUAGUAUUCUAUGGCAUUUUCAUUGGUCAUACAAUGCUUGGGGGCACUAAGAACACUACUUUUAGGACAUUUUAGUGGCCUACAUGUAUUUUUUGGGGGAUUGCUUCUUUUGAAGGGUGGUUACUUUUGGAAUUGAAUGAACAGGACUUUUGGGUUGUUCUAAAUGAACUUUUUUGGUAGCAACAGAACAUUGGCAAAUGCAUUCCAGUUUUCUGAGUUGAAGGUGAACUCCUAAAAGGAAAUUCAUAUUCAAUUUCUCUAAAUUCACCUUUUGACACUAGUUUCAACCUGUUGCAGCCAUUUUUCAGUAAAUGGGAUUGAUCUGUGCAAAUGUCAAAAAUGUGAUUGGACAAUAGAAUUUUUUCGAUUCCUUCACAUUUUGUUUACCAUUCACCUUAACCAUGAACUGACUGCUUUUUCCAUUCAAAUACUUUUCCAAACAACCAUGAUUAUCUUUUAGUUGUUUCUUCUUUUUCAUUAAUUCUGAAAGUGAACUGUAAACUCAGAUGUAAAUUUAUGUCAUAUUGAUAUUGUUUGUAAUUGUUGAAGUUCAUGCAGUUGUCCAUCUGUAAGUGCUUCUGAUGCAGAAGCAGACCAAAAAAUAAAGGAAAAAGGGUUCACUUAGGUAGAUCUCUAUUCCACUCGCUCCUUCAUUAUGUAACAUGUACGCUGAUCAGUCAAUCAGACCUGUCAACCUGAAAAUAUGGAAAAUCUUGAGGAGAUGGCUCAGAAACAUGGAGAUUCUGAUGGAAUAUUACUUUUGUCCAUGGCCUAGUAUAAGAUAGAGGAAAGUGUUCUUAGUGUCUACAACCAUUCUUCUAUUAACCCAUUCACUCCUGGAGAUUUUGCCGAAAAACGCGUUUUGAAGCUAGUCGAGUGGUUUUCUGGUCACUGUCGUGCUAUAAAGGGCUAAAACUUACCACAAACUGGUUUACAGGUCAUACACUUCGCGGCCUUCUGAUCCAGAUGCAAAAUAUUAGCUUGCGAAGUUCGGGCAUGCGCAGAAAGCAAAAUUUUGACAUAGUUUUUGGGUUUAAAAGUGACACAGCAGUCUUGACUUUUACUUUUCGCUUUCUCUCCUCCCUUCUUUUUUCGCUUUUCUUGCCUCAUUUUUUUUUUUCUUCUUGCUGGGCAUUUAGUAGGCUUCAAUUUGGUGGGAAGAGUUUUUAGGAAAGCUUUUAGGAUCCUAGGAUUAGGUGAAAGGAAAGGUAGGUGGGUAAUGGAACAAGAUUUUCAUGGAGAUUUUCAGGUCAAUGUCUCGUGGUUUUUUGCUUCUUUCUCCGGUCUCCUUGACUGAAUUGUGCUCAUUCUGGUAUGGUUUGAAAGAUCUCUUCACUCUACACAAGUUAGCGAAAAAAGUUGUCCUUGACCGUUAAAACUGAUGACGUCACAAAGGGUAGAAAGGAUCUGGAUCCGCACGGGCGGUUACGGGCGGUUCAGGGGCGAAUGGGUUAAAUAAUACACUUGGUAUACAUCGAACUCUCAGUUUAUUUGCCAUUUUACAGUACUGAGUAUGUAUUUUACAAUUAAUGAUCAAUUAAUUUUAUCAUUAUUUUUAUUUAUUUAUUUAUUACAUCCACUUUGAAAUCACUGGCUAUCCGUGCAAUCUGAUUGGCUCUCAGCAGUGUGAUUUAUUCCUAAAUCACACCAUUUUUUGCUCUAAAUCGCAUCUGUUCGAAAUCGCAUCAUUCAUGUUCUAAAUCGCAUCAUUUCUGUUUUAAAUCGCACUAUUUUUGUUCUAUAUAUCACAUCAUUUCUGUUUCGAAUACAAAAUGAGAUGUAAAAGCCUUUUUUUUCAGCUUUUUAAGAAACCGGCUACUCGAUCAAUAAAAUAUUAGUACUGACUAAAUUCUGUGAUUUCAAAAUGGAUGUAACAAAGUGGUAAUUGAACUUCGUGUCAUGCAAUUUUGGUCUGAAAUCAUACUUGUGAUUUCAAAUCAAACUCGCGCUGCGCGCUCCUUCGAUUUUGAAAUCACACGUAUGAUUUCAGACCAAAUUGCACUCCACUUAGUUCAAUUACCAUUAUUAAUUAUUUUAAUUCAAAUACUGACCAUGUCAGUUUGCUCAAAAAUCUUCCCAAAUCACCGUGACACCGGAGGAUUCACCUCAAAACCGGAAGUACCCCAGCAGAACCAGGGGGCUUGGUACGUCUGGUCACUGAAAAUUUUUGUUUGUUUAACAGGGGGAUUAUUGGGACAUUACUGACAGCCACAACUAUUGGAUGGUGCAGCCUAUCAGCUUCAAAGCUCUUUGUGACAGUGUUGGCCAUGGAUGCCCAACAACUUCUUGUUGCUUAUCCCUGUGCUCUCUUAUAUGGCGUGUUUGCCCUUCUCACUGUUUUCUAG